AUGAUCAAGGAGUGGUUCAAGGAUUACCGCGGUAAGUUACACCAGCGGUAUAAGCAGUGUGUGAGCCACGGGGAGGUCGCACUGUCCGCACCACCGCACGUGACCCGUGAUGACUGGCAGAUACUCUGUGAUAAAUUUUCAUCUGAUUCUUUUCAGAAGAGGAGCAAAAUAAAUUCUGACAACAGGAAAAAGUUAGAAGUGAACCACGUAGCUGGUUUAAAGUCAUUUGUACAAUUUCGUCACGACAUGCGAGAUUCCGUUACUAGCCAGGAGCCCGGACCAGUAGACUUCUAUAGAGGGACUUACUGUCGGUAGGCGACGGGAUCUUGGGUACAUCCUAGAGCCAGCGAGAUUUGGGUAAAAAUUCUUACAUUGUAAAAUUUAAUUACAUUAAAUUAUAAUAAUGUCAUU